UUUACCAGACAGUAUCACACAACGUAUCUAGCUAUGGCUGAUGGGAAGCGAAGGCUUGGUGUUGCUCCCAUGAGCUUCCACAAGGCUGGAGAUCUUGGGAACUUCCUACAAGAAGCCAGCAGCAGUGGAUCAUGGGGCAAGAAGCAUCGCAGCGAGGACGAUUACUUCAAUGGGGACAGUGAUGGAGAGCAAGAGGAGGGCGGAGGUAGUGAGGAGUUGCUACGACAACAGCUAGCGGAGGAGUUACAAGGUGACACUGGAGGGGGUGUGUCAGAGGACGAGGACGACCCAUUGGACGCCUUCAUGGCUGGCAUACAGACGGAAGUAGCUCGACAAAACAAGACACCAGCCGCUCCUAAGAAACAAGAAGUGGUUCGUUUCGAUAUUGACGGAGAGGAUGAUCAAGAGAGCUAUUUCACUGCCAUGGCCAAUGCCCCCAUUGUGGUUGCCGAGGGCGAUGACGAUAUUGAAAUAGACUAUGAUUCUGAUGGAUAUCCUAUUAUACCCGAGAGGUCAAAGGUCAUUGACCCACUACCUCCCCUCGAUCAUUCGGCUGUUGAAUAUCGUGCAUUCAACCGCAACUUCUACACGGAGCAUCCUGACAUCACUGCGCUUAGCAACAGUGAAGUUAAGGAACUCAAGAAAACACUCGGACUAAAGGUUACGGGGUUUUCCCCUCCUAGACCGUGCGUAUCUUUUGCUCACUUUGGAUUUGACGAAGCCUUACUAAGUCUCAUUCGGAAGUCAGAGUUCGCAAAGCCGACAGGUAUACAGUCGCAGGCUGUUCCCGUGGUAACCAGCGGACGUGAUGUCAUUGGAAUUGCUAAAACUGGUUCUGGGAAAACGGCCGCAUUCCUAUGGCCUCUGUUGAUGCACGCUAUAGAUCAGCGGGAGAUCAAAGAAGGAGAUGGACCAAUCGGAUUGAUUUGCACUCCGACAAGAGAGCUGUGUCAGCAGAUAUACCACGAGGCACGAAGGUUUGCUAAGGCCUACAACCUGACAGUGACGUGUGUGUAUGGCGGUGGCUCUAAGUGGGAGCAAUGUAACACACUCAAGGAAGGCUGUGAGAUACUGGUGGCCACACCAGGACGGCUGAUAGACCUGGUCAAGCUCAAGGCCACCAACCUCCAGCGUGUCACCUAUCUAGUCUUUGAUGAAGCUGACAGAAUGUUCGACAUGGGAUUUGAGGCUCAAGUGCGCUCAAUAGCCAACCACGUACGACCAGACAGACAAACUUUAUUGUUCAGUGCCACAUUUCGUAAGAAGGUUGAGCGUCUGGCACGCGAUGUUCUGACAGACCCAGUGCGGAUAGUAGUAGGAGAUCUAGGAGAAGCCAACACUGACAUCACUCAGAUAGUGGAGGUUGUAAAGGACGAGCAGGAGAAGUGGAGGUGGUUGCUACGGCGACUGGUAGAGUUGACGUCUGCUGGUAGUGUGUUGGUGUUUGUAACACGCAAAGCAAAUUCUGAACAAGUGGCCACUAGUCUAAAGACAGAGGGAUUCUCAGUUGGUCUCCUCCACGGGGACAUGGCUCAAGGUGACAGGGACACUACAAUCUCAUCCUUCAAGAGGAAGGAAUUCCCCAUCCUCAUAGCCACUGAUGUUGCCUCUCGAGGGCUGGACAUCUCAUCCAUCAAGACUGUAGUGAACUUUGACGUUGCUAAGAAUAUAGACACCCACGUCCAUCGCAUUGGCCGCACUGGUCGUGCCGGGGAGAAGGGAACAGCGUACACACUUAUCACACACAGGGACGCACAGUUUGCUGGAGAUCUAGUCAGAAAUAUGGAAGUGGCUGAUCAAAGAGUACCAGAAGAACUAAUAAAGCUAGCCAUGACGAACACGAGAUUCCAGCGCUCUAGACAGAAGCACGGCAAUAAAGGAGGUGGUUCAACAGUUCAAAGGUCACGACAAAAAUUACGGCCAGGUCUCGGAUCAACACAAGUGAUGUUUUCAAGGCCGUCAGCGGCAGUUGCCCCACCCUCCUCUCUUGGACCAAUGGGAUCAUCCGGACGGUCGUCUAUUAUCAAACAAACAUAUUUGGCCUCUUACAAAACAAAGUUCCAACAAGCAAGCGGAUGCUUGGCAUCUACAUCGUCGCUAGGGCAACCAGUUAAAGACCACACCCCCUCAGAGCAACCACCACCCUCUAAAAGAAAGAGGAAAAGUCGAUGGAACUGACAAAACAUUUGUACUGUAGUUAUUCCAAUACUAACAUGGUGAGAUACUGCCAUGCCGUAUUUGCUCUUAUACAAUAAUUUUAAUAAACACG